AUGCUGAAUACUGCCAGCUGGGACCCGAUACACAUCGCUAACUAUGUAGGAGAAUACUUGGACUUGGUUGAGUCUCUGCCUUUCGACCUACAAAGAAACGUGUCUCUUAUGAGAGAAAUUGACUCCAAAUACCAAGACCUCCUCAAAGAGUUAGAUGAGGCCUAUGAGAAACACGGACAGGAAGAGGACCCCAUCCAGCGAAGGCGUUUGCUGCACUUUAUCCAAAGAGCCCUUAUCCAAAGUCAGGAACUGGGCGAUGAGAAGAUCCAACUCGCUAGUCAGAUGGUGGAGAUGCUGGAGAAUCGUAGCCGGCAAGUUGACAAUCUUGCUGAGCUUCUGGAAGCCCGAAAUGAACCCCAUGAAAGCGGGACAGCUACUACCACAUCUUCCAUUAUUCCCAGUAAGAGAAGGGAGGAGGAGAAACAAAGAGAGGAAUCCCUUGGUUCCAUAGAUGGGCUUUCUGGGGCUAACAAGCGCUCCAGACGUCAGAAAAAUAAUAAUAAUGACGCUCUUGAGAACAUCGCCAUAGUUCACCAUGAUGAAGGGAUCAGCGGUGGCACUGCCAGGGAGAAGCGGAACAAAACCUCAAAGAAGAAACAGAGGUCCAAAGCCAAAGCUGACAGAGAGCCUUCACCUACAGAUCUACCUAUUGAUCCGAAUGAGCCUACUUACUGCUUGUGUGAGCAGGUGUCAUUUGGAGAGAUGAUUGGUUGUGAUAACGAUGAAUGUCCAAUUGAAUGGUUCCAUUUUUCAUGUAUUGGGCUUAAUCACAAACCCAAAGGAAAGUGGUACUGCCCAAAAUGUAGGGGAGACACAGAGAAAACCAUGGACAAAUCAAAAAAGGAGAGGGCAUAUAAUAGGUAA